UCCCCUCUGCCCACUGUUGGCAUCCCUGUUAACCGGCCCACUGUUGGCACCCCUAAUAACCUGCCCACUGUUGGCACCCCUGUUAACCGGCCCACUGUUGGCACCCCUAAUAACCUGCCCACUGUUGGCAUCCCUGUUAACCGGCCCACUGUUGGCACCCCUAAUAACCUGCCCACUGUUGGCACCCCUGUUAACCAACCCAUUGCUGGCAUCCCUAAUGACCUGCCCACUUUUGGCACCCUUGAUGACCUGCGCACUGGUGACACCCCUAAUAACCUUCCCACUGUUGGCACCCCUGAUUACCUACCCACUGGUGGAACCCCUGUUAACCAGCCCAUUGCUGGCACCCCUGUUAACCUGCCCACUGUUGGCACCCCUAAUAACCUGUCCACUGUUGGCACCCUUAAUGACCUGCCCACUGUUGGCACCCCUAAUGACCUGUCCACUGUUGGCACCCCUGAUUACCUGCCCAUUGCUGGCACCCCUGUAAACCUGCCCAUUGCUAGCACCCCUGUUAACCUGCCCAUUGCUGGCACCCCUGUUAUCAUGCCCACUGGUGGCACCACUGUUAACCUGCCCAUUGCUGGCACCCCUGUUAACCUGCCCACUUGUGGCACCCCUGUUAACAUGUCCACUGUUGGCACCCCUAAUGACCAGCCCACUGUUGGCACCCCUAAUAACCUGCCCACUGUUAGCACCCCUAAUGAUAUUCCCACUGUUGGCACCCAUGAUGACAUACCCACUGGUGACCCCCCUAAUAACCUGCCCACUGUUAGCACCCCUAAUGACCUACCCACUGUUGGCACCCCUAAUGACCUGACCACUGGUGACACCCCUAAUCACCUGCCCACUAGUGGCACCUCUAAUAACCUGCCAACUUGUGGCACCGCUAAUAACCUGCCAACUUGUGGCACCGCUAAUAACCUGCCAUCUAUUGAAAGUGACCUAGCUUGGUCUCUUAUCUUGACCAAUGACCAAAACAGUAUCCCAGUUCAUUACAAGGCUGAAAAAGACUACAUCUAUCAGGCCGUUAAACCAUUGCCAGAUCUCAAGGAAAUAAAAGAAUAA